AGUGACAACAAUAAUAAUAAAAACAAAAGCAAACAAACAGAAAUUAACAAAUUGUAUGUAUAUACUUAAAAAGCAUAUGAAUCGUUUGAUUGAUAUAAAUGAAUAUGCAGCCCAGCAGCAGCAAGAAUACCUCGAUUUGAAUCGCAAUCAAUUGCUACUUAAGGAGCUGGUCUCCCGUCGCGGUCUGCCAGUGUUGGAUAACAUACCCUCGGGUCUGCAGCGUACCAAGGAAAUUUUAUCCGGCAUACGUGAUCCACCGUCCAAAAUAGCUUCUAUAUUAGACACUGUACGCGGCGCUUUUGAUCGCGUCAAUCCCCAAAGCGAAUUACUUACUGUGGAACAGUGCAAACGUGCUCUCUUACUUUUAGGCUAUGCUCAGAGUUUAGUUAAUUUAGAUAAUCUAAACAAGAUAAUAAUCAAUCAACGCGAAUCAUUAAAGCUGCUGCAAAAAGCAAAUGAUGCCACAGCUGCCAACUUGCAGCACGAGCUCAUCGAUUUUGAUUUAUUCUGCGUCAUCUCGGCGUAUCUGUCGGUGCUGCAACAGGAAAUACACGAAAGCGGCUGCAUAUCGCCCAUUAAAGGCACCAAUGUGCCACCGCCGCAGGUUUACUUUACAAAUGCGCCUGAUGUGGACAUUUAUUAUACAGCCAGCAAGAAUAUUUCACGCACUUCGAGCAACGCCAGCGUGCCCUCGAAUAGCAGCAGCAGCGGCAUUGGACAUGAGCUGGAGCGCCAGCAGCUGUUCGAGCAGCUCAGUCGCAAUCGGGACAGCGGCACUUCAUCGCCACAGCCUACGCUAGAAACUAAAGCAGCCGCUCCCACCACCACCACCACCAACACCACCACCGAGGAGGAGGAAAGCGACUCAAAUGAUUCAGUUUUCAGCAGCAGCAGCAGCAUAGCCAGCGCUGGUGACGCCUUAUGCUGCUCUGGACUGGAUCUACGUGAUGUCUAUUUAGGCGGCAGCUGCGUGCUGCGCACCAAAUGGCGUCAGCAGCUAGCCACGCCCUAUCUGCAAGCCAAGGGCGUUAGUUUUCAUGUGCCCGCCUUGCAUGAGAGCAUACAGCAGUCGCUUAACCAGGAGCCACAGCGUCCAGCGGAGCAGCAGCAGCAACGUUCGUUUGUGCGCACGCGUCGCAAGUGUCGCGGCAAUCAGCUGCAGCUGGAGGAGCAGGAGGAACUGCAUGUGGCUGAGGAGUCGCUGAGCUGGUCACUGCCACCCAUGGCCGUGCGCCAUAGCUUAUACAAUCCAGCGCUGCUUGACUCCAGUCGUGUGCUGCUCUUUGUCAUCACCAAUGAAACGCGUUCGUUGGCGCCCAUGACGCUCGCUGCUCAUUGCAUUGGACUCAUGUACAAUGUUGUGCUGGCAGUGCAAAUGCUGCCCGAAGACUGUGAGCUGGGCGGAGAGAAGCUCACCACAGCUGCCAUUAAGGAUUACAAUCGCGGACGCUCGUAUCUCAUCGAUCUGGCCAAGCGUCAGGGUGUGCCUGUCUUCAAUGAUAUCCAAGCUGCCUUGGAGUGCACUGUGGCCAAAGUGCAGGCGUAUAAUAAUCGCGAACAUUGCUAAAUUCUCGUACCUGUUUACACAAGUUCCAGCACGUGACAAUUUUAAGCUUAAUUUUCUUUAUUUUAGUGCAAUUUAUGUUUCAUAUUUUUCUAACUAUAAACAACAAUUACUUAACGCAAAUGUGUCUUAAUUGUAUUUAAGUCGAAUUAUUACUCUUGUACUAAAACUAUGCUACGCGUCCUCCCACACACACACACACACACACACACACACACACCACACACACUAUUCUAAUAAAUAUACGUAAUAUUUUAUAAACAAACAAAAGUACCCUAAACAAAUGUCGUCGCCCAGAAAGCGCAUUUCAAAUUCAACAAAAGCAUUAGCUUUGUAUCUAAUUUAUUAUUUAUUUAACAUAGCAUAACAUAAUGUACUUGCUGUAAAUAUUUAAUCGUACCACUUGCCUAUAUAAUUUUAGUUUAUAAAUCCAAAAAAACGGAACAUAUUUUAUAUAUAUUUAGUGAGCAUUAAACCAUAUACAACAUACAACAUUAUAUACUUAAAUUACAUAUAAUUUAGUGGUCCAAUGUACCAAAUUAGCCAGCAAAAAUAUCUCAAUAAACAAGUUUUUCUAACAU